UGCAACAGUCCUUUAUAAUAAAAUUCGCAAAAUAAUGCCAGUUCAUCAUAUUGACGUCCAAUCCAAGUGGUGACAGUUCAUCAAAGCUGUACAAAAUUCAAAACCCUUCAGAAAAUUACAAAAAGCAACCAAGUAAUCAGUCAAUGUAUAGUCGAUGUGAUUUCUUCUUUUCUCAUUUUCUUUUUAAUUAAGGGUUAUUAAUCCGCAAUUUUCCGUCAUCAAUUCGUCUUCUUCACCCUAAUUGAGGAUUUAGAACAAGAAAGAUUAGUAGAAAAAUAUUACUGUUCAUCUAUAUAAGGAGGCAACAAAAGAGGAAAUUAAAAUUUGGACUUUUUCGAUUGAUUAAUUUGGAAUUUGACUUAUUCUUUUGUGGCUAUUUGUUAAAUGGCGGAGGAUAAUGUAAGGGGGUUGAUAUUAGCAGUGAGUUCAAGUGUGUUUAUAGGAACAAGCUUUAUAUUGAAGAAGAAGGGUCUACGCCGUGCUGCUGCUAGUGGCACCCGCGCAGGUUUGUCAAACCCUAUAAAGUAAAAUUGAAUUUUGCCCAUGUCUUAUUUUUAGUUGUUUGAUUAUGGGAUUUUCUUGUUCUGAUGAUUGGACUAAGUUUGAAGUUUCUGAAAUUUUUUAUCUUUAUGAUGCCUGAUUGAAGAUUUGAACCUGGCUUUAUAUUUUGCUUUUGAGGGAUAAAAUUGGUCAUCGAUAAUUGAAGUGAAAUGUGGUCUAAUGAUGAGUAUUAUUAACAUUAUAUUCUUGACGUGGUUCUCUUUUUCAGUUAAUUUCAGACUAAUUUGUUAGUUGGUUUGCAUAUUUCAACCUGACUUGUGAAAAUGAUUUCAUGGUCAAAGUAUCUAUUUAGUCUGUUAGAUAGGUGUAAGGUGAUCAUGGAUUGCUGCAUAACUACUUUAUGUAUUUCUUAUAUAGAUAUGAGAAUGCAAAAAAGGAUUAGUGAAGUUGAAUAUAUCUGUUGAGAUGGAUUAUUAAGAAGUAUUGGUUGACCAGAAAUUGUCCCAGUACAAUAAGUAAUUCAUGGUUGGUUAGGAAAGGAUGGAGAUGGCCAUCAACUGCUUUAACUGCCACAUAGUGGGUUGGGGGACAUCUUGGCUGAAUUGCAUAUACCUAUGCAAAAGUGUACUGAAGUUACUGCAUGGCUCAAAAGUAUUCUGAAACCUACCAUGAAUUUCACCGUUAGUGGUGGUGGUAGCCACCGAAAUUGCUGGUCAUCUUAAACCGAUUGCCUCAUCUUAUAGGUAAUCAAGUAUCUAGAUAGCAGAAAGUGCAGCUUCUAAUGGGAUUAGUCUGGUUAUGGUUUAGGAAACAGAAGUCAGAACAACAUAGCAUGUAUCCACUAUCCACCUUUUCUGGUGUAUGGUAGUCUUUAUCUAGACAGCUUUACCUCUCCCAGUAGCAUUGGUUAGAGCAAACCUUUUUACUAGUAGGAAACCUAAGAAAAGUAAUGAAGAUCUGGUAUCUGGUUUUGCAGUAUAACAAACUCAAGUGACGAUUGGAUGCGAGAUGUUUAGGACUGUUAAAACUCUUGGAUCCUGAACUCCUUUUAGUGCUAGGGACAGGAUAGAUAGUUGAGUUGCUUGGGAUUUUGUGAGUAGUCCUUAAGCUAUAAGAGUUAUGGACAAUUACAUUAUUUUCCUUCAUGUUUGGCAUUGUGCCCUUUCUGUGCAACAAACCUUCACCAUACUAUUUCUUCAAUUGAACAAGCUACAUCGUAGGAAUGCAUGCCCAUUGUUUUCCUUCCCUUCCAUAUUAAGCCUUUUAUGUGAAUUAAUUUAAUAAGAAUACCUUCUCUAAUAAGGCAUCCCAAAUUUAGGAUAGUGAGGGAGUUGCUGCAUAUUAAUUAGUCAAGGAAUCUACAAUUCUAAUUAGUCAAGGAAUCUACAAUUCCUAUCUGGUUUCUAUUGCAGGUUUGCUAGAUAUCAUUUCUCAAAAUGGUGGUUAACCCCACUAAAGAAAUGAAAUAACACACCUGUAAGGGGGUAGUCUACUCAUGCUCCUCUAACCAAAGGCAUGUUCUCCCCUUGUAAUUUUCAUUCUAUUGCGUUCCGAUAAGUUUUCCAUCACUUUCAAUCAUUGUUUCACUUGUCAGUAAGUUCUAAUAAGUAUAGUUAUGUUCAGAUCUGUUCAGUUUACUUCUAAUAGGUUAAGUCAUUUUAACCAUGAUAAGCCUGGGAGAGGAGGUGCUAACAUUAGAAGUUGCAUGAACCUCUUAUUCUUCCUGGAUCUUCUGUGCAUGGAUAUGGAGGAUACACUUAUUUGCUAGAGCCACUUUGGUGGGCAGGAAUGACUUUAAUGUUUGUUGGAGAGGCUGCAAACUUUGUGGCUUACGCUUAUGCUCCAGCUGUUUUGGUAACACCACUUGGAGCAUUAAGUAUUAUAAUAAGUGCAGUUUUGGCGCACUUCAUGCUUAAGGAAAGACUUUCAAAGCUGGGAGUACUGGGAUGCGUGUCUUGUAUAGUCGGGUCGGUGGUGAUUGUUCUUCAUGCACCACAAGAGGAAACACCAACUUCUGUUCAGCAAAUCUGGGAUCUGGCAAGUCAACCAGCUUUCUUGAUUUAUGUGGUGGCUUCAAUAUCCAUAGUGGCUGUUUUGAUUUUGCACUUGGAGCCACGCUAUGGGCUGUCAAAUGUGCUUGUUUACUUGGGUAUAUGUUCGUUAAUUGGUUCUUUGACGGUUGUGAGCAUCAAGGCAAUUGGAAUUGCCAUUAAACUCACUCUAGAAGGGACAAACCAGCUUAUAUUUCCACAGACUUGGUUUUUCAUGACUGUGGGAGCAGCCUGUGUCAUCACACAAUUGAAUUACCUGAACAAGGCACUUGAUACUUUUAACGCAGCUAUUGUAUCUCCAAUAUAUUAUGUAAUGUUCACAACCCUAACUAUCAUUGCAAGUGCAAUUAUGUUCAAGGAUUGGUCGGGUCAAGAUGCAAGCAGCAUAGCUUCUGAAAUAUGUGGCUUUAUAACUGUCCUGACUGGAACAAUCAUAUUGCAUGCGACAAGAGAGCAAGAACAAACCAGCAACUCUGCAGAUUUACGAGCCAAUGCAGGAUCUGCAAAUUGGUAUUCUGGUGGAGAGAGUCAAAAACUGGGUGAAGAGGAGCACCUCAUUACAUUGCACAACACAGAUUAUUUCGACUGACGGUCAAGCAUUCUUUCUGUAUAAGAAAAGUUUUAUUCGUUCAUUUUCAUUCAGGAAGCAAAAUUGUGACAGUAGGGUCGAAUUUGUCUAGUGCCGGAAGUUCACUCCGUUCUAUCAACAUCAACACCGGAGUGAAAUUACUCAACAGCUUAUAUUAGUCGAUCUUCAUAAAUCAUGGAUUAUAAUUUAUUAAUUGAUAGCAGAAUUGGGUGUUCAGGCGUUGAGGCAGGAGUGUGUAUAACAAUUUUUUCCUGCUGCUGGACGGGUAGUCUAUACAUCAAUACAUGUACAUAUCCAUUGUAUUAUUUCUGGGGUUCAAAGUUUUCAUUUAUAAAUGGUUUGAAGUAGAAUGCAUGAUAAUUAUAAUGAAAUUUGUGGUGUGCAGUCUGCUAUGAAGUGUCAACUAUAAAUUGUAUCAAGCUUGUAGGUUUUGGCAAAAAAGAAACACGCCAGAAUUGUUCAACUGUUGGAAGAAUUCGAGGUUGAUUGGACCAUCCUCCGUCAUAGAACUCAAAAAGCUCACACAUAUUUAAAUAAUAAAGUGUUAAUGUAAAAGGAUAAAGAGAAUAUAAGAUAAAUAGAAUUACUACAGAUAUUAGUAUUAGUACAUGGAAAUAAAUUAAUUAAAUCAAAGAAACUAACUAAAUUCAUAAUCCGGUAUCAACUUAG